UUUUCGAUUCGUCUUUCGUGGAAUAAAGUAAAUAUCAUAUAUCUUCCAUUUUUUUGUUGCAGUUAUUGUUAUAAAACCUGCACUUUUCAAUUAUAACAUGAUAAGAUAACACGAUCAAAUCGAUUCAGAGUGUAAAAAACCAUCAAUUACAGAGAAAUUAUUUAUCGCCAGUGUAGUGAAAUAACUAUUAAUUGCUUGAAACUAUUCCAAUAUCAAACAUUGCAGUUGUCAGUUCAGAAUUUCGGGGUGAUCAACAUUUCUAUUUGAGUCUUACAACGAAAAUCUAAAUUGUCUUUAAUAAGAAAAUUGACAUUAAACAUUCACAAAACGCGAGUCAUUCUUUGCUGUAUGCUGUAUUCCUAUAAGUCGUAAUUUGGCAGUGAACAGAGCAAUAAGUAGUAUAGCAUACAUCUAUUCGAAAUGCCACGUCAUUACGUUGAUAAUGCCAUGAAUCGAAGCCUUGGCCGAGUCGGAAUGGCGCAUGGUACAGCAGUACACUCAAGCUCUGGUAAUUCCAACUAUUCUUCAUCAUCGUCAUCGCGCGUUUAUGUUGAUAAUGCCAUGAAUCAAAGUCUUGGCCGAGUUGGUCUACCACUUGGAUCGGCCAUUCAUUCAAAGAGCAGCCAAAGUUCAUAUUCUUCACCAUCUACAUACGUUAAUAACGAACUGAAUCGGCGAUUGGGACGUGUGGGACUUGAAAGAGGCACAGCUCCUCAUUCCAAAUCAGAGAAAACUUUUUCAAACACGGCAAGAACAUACGUUGACAAUGCAUAUAAUCGAAGAUUGGGACGCGUGGGGAAACCACUUGGAUCAGCGAUUGAUUCCAAAUCCAAAACUAGCGCCGUGUCAAAGGUUGGAAAUGCUGUUACAAAAACAUACGUUGAUAAUGCAUUGAACCGUCGAUUGGGACGUGUCGGAAAACCACUGGGCAGUAUGCCAGUUUCCAAAGUAAAAUGCAAUCCGAAUGUAUUUGAUUUGAACGUGAAUAUCUGCCCAUAUCAGGACAAAGAUAUGAAAGAAAUAUAUGAAACCCUCCAAGAUGAUGUUCUCGAAGAAAUCGAGAACUUGCGUAAUUUACAGCAAGCCAGACGCGAUGCAAUUGCCAAAAAGGACAAUAAAGUUGAAUUGAAACCCGAACAGAACAUUCCAUUUGAUGAUUUAGAAUUGGGCGAAAAAAUUGGUGGCGGUGGUUUUGGUGACGUUCAUAUUGCUUUUUGGAAAGGUCAACAAGUUGCAGUUAAAAAGCUACGUGUACAACGUGUGACUCAAACACGGAAGAAGCAAUUUGAUGAUGAAGUUCGUGGUAUUUCUGGAUUGGAACAUCCAAAUAUUGUUAAAUUCUACGGUGCGUGCAUGGUAACACCUAACUUGGCGUUGGUAAUGGAAUUUUUACCAGAUGGUUCACUUUAUGAUAAUUUAUAUUAUUCAGAAGUGCAUCAGUUCGAUGAAAUAACCAAGAAUCAAUUGAUUUGUGAUUCUUUUACGGCAUUACAAUACAUUCAUUCGAAAAAUAUGGUGCAUCGUGAUAUAAAAAGCAAAAAUAUCAUGUUGUUUGAUGAUAAGAGUCGUUGUAAGUUGGCUGAUUUUGGUUUGGCGUUGAAAGAUGAGAUGGAAACAAAUGCUUCAACUAAAGAUUUUGGUUUUGUUGGUACAGAAAAAUAUUGUCCGAAAGAAGUUAUUGAAGGGGAACGAUUAACAAUUGAAGAACUGAAACUGGUCGACGUUUAUUCGUUGGCAUUAACAUCGGUUGAACUCUUAACUGAAAAAGAACCAUUCAACGAUUGUAAAAAUAUUCAUCAGAUUCGCAAAGCCAUCUCGGCUGGUGAAAUGCCCACGAUGAAAGAAAUCGAGAUUUCGACAGACAAAAAACGUUUAUUGACAACAGCUUUGUCAAAAUAUGCGAUUGAACGUCCAUCAGCUGCUCUAUUUUUGAAAUCAUUCAAGCAAAUUAUUGCUAAAGAAAAUUAAUUUGUUUCUGUAUUAGCACCACUACGCACUCCUACAUUAUAAUAAUCCAAUAUUAAACAUUUAUUUACCCAAUUCAAAAGAAUAAUUAAAUAAAAGUACGGAUAAACCUUAGCACUAGCAAUCUGUGCCAUUUUUCAUGAGGCGUCUCCACUCGCAUUGAGUUUGUAUUGUGAAUGUUAAGGUGCGUGCAACGCCCUUCAAUGUAAAAAACAAUACAAGUGGAGAUGAUACACGGGAUUUAUCUGUACUUUGGGACAAUUCAAAUAUGUUUUACAUUGAAGGUCCGAAGGUUAACUAUACGGUUGACUAUAAUAACUGCACGCGGCAGUUUGAUGAACUUGGGCGGGAAUGAAUAUUUUUUACCAAAAAAGCCGAUAGCAACAGUGAUGGGAAUUUAUUGCUUUUUAUUCACAAAUCUCUGAUCAUUUUGCCAAAAGCGUGUAUUUUUUUUAUGGUUGCAUUUUUUUAUUUUUUCACAAAAAUCAAUAAAACCCAUUUACGAAUGAAAAA